AAAAAAAUACCCCGAUUCACUCACACUUUUUUGAGCCAGCCUAUAGAAGUUACAAUAUUUUCCUGAUAAAUUAUGAUGAAAUAAAAACAGAGAACAACUUUGCAAAACCUCAACGAAUGCUUUUUGUUAGACGUCAUACUAACCUGCAUACACUAAUAAUUGUUAAUCAUAGCCAUAGAAAUUAUGAAAAAAAAAGUUUUUUUAUUUAUUGUUGAAAUUGUUUUAGUUAUUGGAGUUAUUGGAAUUACCUCAUGAGUAGUGAUGUUUGUUUGCAAUUAAUAUUUUUUUAAAAGCCCCCUACCGCUCCACGCAUGGGGUCGCUCGUCCUCGGGGGAGAAUGCUCCAGUGCCUCCUCCGACAGUUCCCAGCGUCCGGAGAACGCGCUCGACGCUCUGCUAGACGAGCUGCAGACCUUCUCCAAGCCGCACCCCGGCACCCGCUCCUCCUCCGAAAGCUCCGAGCCUCCCGCCAUCCCCGCCAAGGGCGUCGCCCCUACCUCCAGGCCGCCACAGAUGGCCGAGAUCGGCCGCAAGGGCAGCAUGGACUCGGCCUCGUUCCUGCCCAGCAACAACCUCACCGUCAGCACCACCACAGGGAGUCUCCGGCGACUGCAUUCGUAUCCUAGCGGCUCGGACACGGAUAACAGUCCCCCAAUUCAACCGCUCCAACCGACCAAAACCGCCAGCAAACCCCCGAUACCUGAACGCAACACGGAACUCCUCCAGCACGUGGUUUCGGGGAAGAGGAUUCCUCCCCCUCCUCCUCCAAGGACCAGCUCGAAAUCUCCCCUAGCCUCUCCUACGUCUCCGAGUUUACCUCCUAGAUCCGUCGCGUCUGCGGGACUCCAACAUAUCCAGAACGUGCAGAAUAUGGAGAAGCCCAUGUCCCAGUUCGAGCAAGCCACUCAGAACCUAGGCCUACAAACGCUCAGGCGCAACGUGCCCAACCGAUCUAGUAUCAAGGACUCGAACAAAUCUCAAACCCUUCCUAGGAAUAUAGGCUCGAAUCUUCAAAUACCUAACAGCGACAGCGAUGUAAUAUGAAACAACUCGAGCAGUUGCGAGAGCGUCAACUCGCAAGACGGCACGAAGAAAACGAGGAAAGAAGAACUGGAACAGAGGCAUCAGGAACUGUUGAAGAAACAGAAAGCUCUUCAGGAACAGUACGCCAGACUGCAACAACUCCAGCGAGGUAACAACACCCUAACUGUCAUACCUCCAGCUCCCGAUCAACUACUAAAGAAAACAGGAAGCGAAUCAAACCUUCUACAGAAAAUGGGCUUGCAACUGGCCACCUCUCAGAUCACCGGGUCCCUGACAAACAUACCCAACACCAACGCCUCGCUUGUUAAUAAAGUUACCCUAACCAACGCUACGUCCGACAUGGACAGGGAAAAUCCUAGUUUCGACGAUAAGAGCAACAACGCUACCGAAAACAAAGAUGUUUUGAACCAGGAAGGUCAGAAGAAAGUAUACGAAACUGACAUUCUGUGACCUAUCAUCGCUGAGAGGCUGCAAGUUGUAUGUUGAUCUUGGUAGUUCGAGUAGUUCAAUAGAGAUGUCGCAUUAUCGGUUUGCUUGGUUUAGUUUUUAAAGGCCGACUGAUUUUAUAUAAUUUACUGAAUAAAAAAGACCACGAUAAUUAUAAGA